AUUUUUCAUCCCGUGUUUCGUCCAAUGAAAUGGCUAGUUUCAAAAAUUAGAUUUAAUUGGUUAGUUAUGUCUUGAAAAUUGUUAUAAAUUAUCAGUACUUGUCGACGAAGCACAAUCUCAAUCGUCAUUAUGGAGCAGAGUAACGUGCCGAGUACAAGCGCUGGUGUUUCUCACGUAACGGAAAUGGAGGAAGUCUUUUUGACUACCUUGUUUCUGGUUGCGUUUCCAUCGGUUGAAGCGUUAAAGACCACUAUCACAAAUUUUGAAAGAUCGACUUACAGUCAUUAUGUAGUGAGAGAUUCGCAUAUUGGCAGAGAUCAAAAAUCCUACAUUAAAUUUGUGUGUUGGCGAAAUGGGCGUAUAAGAUCUAGCGGUUCGUCACAACGUAUUAGACGGAGGAGGGCUUCUAUGAACACCCAAUGUCCAGCAUUUAUGUUUUGUAAGAUUAUAGACGGCUAUUGGACUGUUGUACGUGGGAAUGUACAUCACAAUCACGAGUGCAAUUCCCUGAGGUACCAGGGUAAUUCAUGGGUGCGCAGGUUAACGGAUGGGGAGUUUGAAACUGUGAGACCGCUGCUGAUUUCCGGUACCGCUGCAUUCCACAUAAAGAAUUUUGCUUACCAAUCUUAUGGCAAAUGUCUGACCGCUCAAGAUGUCUGCAAUAUGCGGUACAAAGUGUUCUCACACGCGAACCUUCCUGGUACGGAAUUUGCCAAUUUAUAAUAUACACUAUAGGUGAUUACGGGAAAUUGAAAGCUCACAUAACAUCCUUGGGUGGGCUUUGCGAAUACGAAUUGGACGAUGAGAACUGUCUAUCGUAUUUCUUCUUCAUGACUGCUGAACAAAUGAAUUUGGCCGGUCACUUUUGUGACGUAAUUGGUUUUGACGGGACGUACAAAACGAAUAACGAGAACGUCCAUUUAUAUCAAGUCGUUGCCCUGGAUAUGAAUUUUAAAGCAAUACCCAUGUGCAUUGCCUUUUUAAGUCGCGAAA